GCAAUUUAAAACAUUUACAACUGAACAAAAAACCAGGCUGAUUUUUAUACAAAUAUUUUGUUGUACACUAGUAAAUUCUUUUUCAAAAUUUUUCGUAUUGGCGGGCCAGUGUCGUCGAGAGCGAUUUGAGCCGAUUAAAUUCCCCGUUGAAAUCCUCGGUCCGACCCUUUUCCAGUCGGAACUAAAAGUCGAGGGCCGAUUUCGUCCUCGAGGAUGCCGCCUGUCACCCUUGCCGGGCCCAGCCAGAGUGAAAAUCGGCCGGCGUUCCUGCCGAAUCUAUCCGCGUCUGUUAUCCGUCCCGUCAAUCCGGCCGAGCCGUGACUCGGCCCGUUUGCCCCUGAUCGACGCUUGUUUUGAUUAUUUGAUUAAAAAAAAGGCCGUUUUUCGCUUUAUCCUUGGGUUCCUUUUCACCGCUGGUCCUUGACUCCUAUUUUCUUUCACUUUCUCGUCUCAUUCGGCAGUUCUGCUUUUGAAUAUGUCAACUCCAAAGAGCAAGCAGGUCCCCAAUGGCCUGAAGUUCGUCUUCGGUGGGCUUUCAGGGAUGUCUGCCACCCUCUUUGUCCAGCCGUUGGAUCUCAUCAAGAACAGGAUGCAGGUCAGUGGUAUGGGUGGCACCAAAAAGGAGUACAAAACAAGUUUCCACCUUGUAAGUGCAAUUGUCAAAAAUGAAGGUUUCUUGUCAUUGUACAAUGGGCUAUCAGCCGGUCUUCUGAGGCAAGCGACUUACACGACUACAAGGCUCGGCAUAUACAACUGGUUGUUCACCCUAGCUAGUGGGAAAGAAGGUACUCCUCCUUCUUUUUUUAUGAAGGCUGGUUUGGGUAUGGCGGCUGGUGCAGCAGGUGCAUUUGUUGGCACACCGGCUGAAGUGGCUUUGGUAAGAAUGACAACAGACGGUAAACUUCCAGUGGAGCAAAGGCGCAACUAUGCCAGUGUAAUCCACGCUCUGGCCAGAAUCGCAAAGGAGGAAGGAGUUCUUGCUCUAUGGAGAGGUGCUAUCCCUACAAUGGGCAGGGCUAUGGUGGUUAAUGCAGCACAGCUGGCUUCAUACUCCCAAGCAAAAGAGCUCUUACUUAAAGGCAAAAUAGCCGAGGAUGGCAUUUUGCUUCAUUUUUACGCCAGUAUGAUUUCUGGACUGAUAACCACGUUUGCCUCAAUGCCUGUAGAUAUUGCCAAAACAAGGGUACAAAAUAUGAAGAUAAUCAAUGGAAAACCAGAAUUUACUGGUUCUGUCGAUGUAUUGACCAAGGUGGUAAGGAAUGAAGGGUUUUUCGCCUUGUGGAAAGGAUUUACACCAUAUUACGCCAGGCUUGGUCCUCACACAGUACUUACAUUUGUUUUCUUGGAACAGUUGAACAAAGCUUAUUUAAAUUAUGCUUACAAAAACUAAAUUGUUGUACUUUAAAUCAUUUUUUAAGGUGAAGGACCUGAGUAGUUAUUAAAUAAUAAUAAUAAUACGCGAAGUUGGAAACUCCAAUCUAUAGACUGUUAGUAAGGGUUAGAAUGAGGAUAAGGGCACCUGGUGUGUCAUUUGUUAUUUUUCAUACUUUUUACAGUUUUGCAUUAUUAUGCAAACGUUUUAAAGGGUGUAGAUAAGCUGGGUUAAUUUAUUUUUAUAUAUAGAUUAUAGGGUUUGUUUUUCAAACUGCCAAAAAGCAUAUAUUUUUAUGAGGGAAAAACAAAACAAGGAUAUUACAUUAUUUGUUUUUGCACUGAUAUAUUUUGUUAUCAUUUGAAUGUUACCAUGACAAUAUUCUAAGUUGCAAACAUACUUCAGGUUUUUCUACCACAUGUUAGAAAAAGUUAUAUUCAGCAAUUUAUUAUUAAUCAAUCAAUGUAAUGUGAUUAACUUUAAGACUAUAGAUAUACAAAGACCACCAUUUUACUUAAUAUGUUACUGUGAUAAAUAUUAAAAUUGCUAAUGAUUCUUAUUGAAAGAUCUGUGAAUGCUGACAGGACUGAAAUAUUAUUAUAUAAUUUUAUUAUUUUCUGUUUUUUGUUGCUGUUUUUAAAAGUUUAAAAAAAAUAUUCUUGGGAGUAUAGGUUCUUGAACAGAAUGCAAUAACAGUAUGCAUUGUUAAAUUGGAGAUGUGCUAAUAAUAAUAUAAAAGAAAAAUAUGGUAAACGGUGCUAUUGUUGAUUAAGUGAUUCAUUUUUUUAAUUGUUAAAUGUUGGGUCUGUUAUAAAUUGUUAAAAUUUUUGACUAAUUGCAAUGAAUUAAGAUAUGUUCAAAUAACUUAAUUUUUUAAAAUUUGGUUUCAAUUAAAUAAAAUAUAUAUAUUUUUGUUAUUUGA